AUGCAGAUGGCACAAUACCAAGCAAGGAUGGAGAUUGAGGAUGCAGAAUUGUUCAACGCCGAAGUUGAACUUAUCAACUCGUUUAUGCAAUCUGAGCACCAUGGCGAAUCUAGCCAUCGUGGUUCUAUCACGGGGCGUUCAUAUGUGCAGUGUGAUAGAGAAGAGUGCCAUGAUCGAAUGAUGAAAGAUUAUUUCAUCGAGCGUCCGAGAUUUCCUACUCAUGAUUUUCGGAGGCGGUUUCGGAUGAGGAGAGAGCUUUUUGAAAGCAUCUUGAAUGCAGUUAUCAAUCAUGACCACUACUUUGAACGGAGGGUAGAUGCCACAGGCCAACAAGGUCUAUCACCUCAUCAGAAGCUCACAUCUAAUUUUCCUAUGCUAGCUAAUGGAUGCUCUGCAGACUCAACUGACAAGUAUUGCCGACUUGCAGAAAGUACUGCUAUUGAGAACCUGAAGCGCUUCUGUAAGGCAAUUGAAGGCAUAUAUGGAGCCACAUACCUCCGCAACCCAAAUCGUGCAGACUUAAAGAGGCUUCUACGCAAGGCAGAAAAAAGAGGCUUCCCUGGUAUGAUAGGAAGUCUAGAUUGUAUGCAUUGGGAGUGGAAGAAUUGUCCUACUGCUUGGGCUGGCCAAUUCAAGGGCCGUCAUGACAAGCCAACCAUCGUGCUCGAGGCUGUGUGCAAAGAAGAAUUCAAGCUCCUCAAUGUCAUGACACACUCCGUAAAGAUUUGGUUGAGCAUGUAUGGCGCCGAGAAGGUGAACGUUGAUGAUGUUGGUUAUGCAUUUAUGUAUGCGCUCUGCGUGGGGCGCGUUGGCGAGUGA